ACUGUGAUGUUCCGAAAUAAAUAUUUUUGUAUACAUUUACAUUUUCAGCAGUUUUUGUGUUGUCAGAUAAUUGAAAAAAGUGUGUAAUGUAAAUAAUGGAUAAAUCCGUUUUUAAAUUAAUUCGUGAUGAUGAAACGAAUGAUUCAUUUAGACUAAGUGUUGAGUUCAAAGAAUACGAUUUUAAUUUAACAAUUUUUAAGAAAACGAACGCUUGGACUGCCAGAGUAGAACGUGAGAAUAUUCGUAUUCAAGCUAAACGACUUGAGAUUGAAUCGGAUGAAUAUUUAAAAAAUAUACAGGAAUAUUUAAGAAAUACUCCUACAAGUGUUACUUUGAAGUUUAAUGAUAAUGAUUUUAUCAUCAAUUGUAUUUUGGAGAAUAACAUGAAAGUUAUAUAUUUUUCUUAUAAACUAGAAAAGGUAAAUUAUAGUGAUUCUAUAGAAAUACUUCUAGAAAAAUUUUAUACUGAAAGAAAUAACUCUCUGGAAAGACUAAUUACUCUUCACAAGGAAAAAAAUGAACUUGAAAAAUGUAAAAACCAAUUUCAAACCAAAUUGAAUGAAUUUAUUGAAAGAAAAAAGACUGAUGAUGAAGAAUUAUUAAGCAAUUUUGUACUUGUUUUAAAUGAAAAGAAGAAAAGGAUACAACAUUUAACUGAGUCAUUAGAAGCAUUGAGGAGAGGCAGGCCCUCUGUAAAUCCAUCAGUAGAAGUUAAAAAACGCUCAAAAAGACCUGAACAACGACAACAAAUUAAAGUUGAAAAAAAGGAGAUCGCCUCUGAAUCUGAUUCUGAAGAAGCUUAUAAUACAGAUGAUGAAAAAUCAAAAGGGCCCCAGAAUUCAUCGGAUAAAAAUUUUAAUCAUGAAAUAAACCAGAACAGGAACGAUGUGUAUGCCAUUCCUAGUACUUCAAAAUUUGAUUUAUUUUCUGAUGAUUCCCCUCCGAGGCAUUUACCAAAACGUAUUAAAAGUGAGGCGAGUGUUGAUAAUGGGAGUUACAUAAAACCAUCUACUUCUACAGAAGGAUCUACAAAUAAAAAGCAGCAUGAGAAAUUUGAUGGCAAAUCUGUAGAAGAUACUCCCAAUGUAAAUUUCAGCACGCAAGAAUUGCUGGAUAAUAUGUAAAUUUUAAUGAUUAAAUAUGAUGCACUGUAGAAGGUGUAAUAUUUUGUUUUGCAGAAAAAUAAUUUAGUUAAAACGUUUUGUAAUAUGAAGGAACACUUGAUUAAAUUAAAUUUAAUUUUUUAAAGAAAACUAAAAAGUUUCAAGCUGUAUCUUCUCAUUUAAUAAGGAAUUUUUGGUUUUUAAAAUGUUAAGUAAAAUAUAUAUUGGCUGUGAAUUUUUAAUUAAUUUGAUUUUAAAAUUUUAAAAACCAAUUAAAAUUUUGAUAGUACUUUUUUCAUAGUUGUGGCUUUUACCAAUCCUUUCUAAUAUGUAUGAGAUGUAAUUGUAUUAACUUUACUGAUACCGAUUAAUAUCUGUCCUUAUUUUUAAUUUUUAUUUUG